CAGGGGGUUUUCUUAGGGGGCCACACCCCGAGCAUUUGACCUAAAGGUCUAACCCACAAGGCAGUGGAGCAUCGUGAUGAGAUGCAGUCCCAUGGUAGCCGGUGACCAACGAUUGGUUCAUACAUUUGUUCGUUCAGGAUACUAGCCUAUAGGCACCAUUGGUUUGGGAUCCGGUUAAAGCUCCGGACAUUCGAUCUUCAGCCAUCCUGUCUGAGGCUCUGCUUUUCAGUCGUUGCUGAGUGUUAUUCCUGAUCUUGAUUUCCGCUUCCGAUUUCCGGCACCAUAUGUCCCUCAGUACGUCCCGUUUCCCUUUUUUCUUGAGGAUUCCAUGUUGGGACUUGCUUUUUGAUACAGUUUAAUUAUUUCUGCAGUGUCCUAUCCAUUACUAGCGUCUUCUAAUUUCCUCUCUAACCGGGAGCUGGUUUGUUCACUGGUAGAGUGAGUUAUUGCUGAUGGUCUCUGGCCGAUGGAUUUGGGGUAUCUCACACAGACGGUUGUUUACGGAUACCUUUGCUCUUUUGGUGAUGGUGAUGACAAUUGUCCAAGUUUCGGCUCCAUGCAAUAGAAUUGUUUUAACGUUAGUGUUGAAGAUUCUUACUUUGGUAGUGGGUGACGGUUGUUUUGAGUUCCAGAUAUUCUUCAGUUGCAGGAGUGUUGCCUUUGCAGUACAGACUGGUACGUUUGCAUCUGCAUCAGAUCCUCCUAGUUUGUCGACGAUGCUGCCCAAGUAGGUUAAGGCUCCCGCUUCUUCGAAAGCUUUGCCAGUAAGUGUGAUUUGACUGGUUCUCAAUGUGUCGUGCUUCAGAAGCUUGUUGUUUCCUCUGUGUUGGGGCAUGCUACUGCGAAAGCUGCUGGUACGAUGUCUGUCUUUGCAUUUGUUGCUGUGUUUGCCGUUGAAGGAUUAAGUCAUUUACAAGAUCAGUCACUCAGCUGCGUCCAAUGUGUCUGCUGGAUUUCGUGUUUUUCUUGCGAUGUGGUCUUCAUAAUCCAGUGAACAAUCAGAAGAAAGAGAAAAUACGUAAUUCGAAAGCUUUGUCUAAUACUAGUUUUUAUCUGUAGUUGAUCUGUAAUCUGGUCACCAUGCACGACUUUGCAGUUCAGUUCGGUGUUGGGGUUCCAUGUAAUGAUGAAGGUUUUCCUAGGUACUCCUUAAUGUCGAAGGAGAAUUUACAAGUUUCUAUUAUCCAUACUGUCAGAUGGCUUCUCCUAACCACGGAAGUUGAUGUAUAGAGAUGAGUUCCAUUUAAUUGAUUGCUGGACAGUAGUCCGCGUUUUUGCGAUUUGGUCGGUAUACCAUCGAUCCUUAUAGAGAUCUCUAAGUUUGGAAUUUACUGAGUCCUUCGUUUGCUUUACUAACAUCCUGUUGAAAACUUCGACUGGUACGGACAGUAGCGUGUUCCGUCCGUAGUUCUCCUUUGGUACGUUGAUGAAGUAUCCCUCUCCAGUCUGUUAGCACUUGUUCUUCAUCCCAAAUCUUUCUGAAGAGAAUGUGGGACAUGUUUGCAGCUGCCUCCAUAUCUGAUUGAAGCGCCUCAGCUGGUGUACUGUCUAGUCCAACUAUUGCUAUGGCAUUCCUGAAUUGUCUAGUGGCUUUGCUAAUUCCUUUGAUUGUUGGUGGGGUACCGUUUAUAGGAGAUAUUUGUGUGCUGCCUCGAUGUUGACUGUGCCCAGCGGUGCUGGUCUCUUCAGGAGAUCUUCAAAGUGCUCUGCCCACCUGUCCGACUGCCGUUGACCCUCAGUGAUUGGUUUGCCUUCUUUGUUUUUGACUGGUCGCUCUGGUCUACUAUGCUUUUGUGCAAGCUGCUUGGUUGUGGUAUCACAUAGUUCUCUCAUAUUUCCCUAUCUUGUAGCUUUCUCUGCUAUGGUUUCCAGACCUUCUACAUGCUUCCGCUAAUCAGCUCUAAUGCUCUUUCACUAGUUUGUUUGCUUCUGUGUACUCGGCCUGUGCCCUGGUUUAUUCUGCUUUUGUUUAGCUAUUGUUGAUUGCUGUUUUGUUUCUCCUUUGGCGUAUCCUGCUCAGACUGUCUACGGAAAUCUACUCUUCAUACUGAUGCUUCUUGUGGGUCAACACCUGAGAUGUUGAAAUUAUUACCUCUCGAAUCACUUUGCAGUCGUUGCUUAUGGUGGUUUCCGUUUCUUUUAGUAGGUCUUGAAAGGCUUGGCGCUUGUUGCUGACAAUUGCUAUGCUGAUCUCUGAACUUUUUUUCGUCUCAAAGGAAGGCUAUACUAGACAUUUGUAGUAUUCCUUAUGUAACUGCACAACGCUUCUUUCGGUUCGGUACCACCAUCUGGUGAUCUGAAUCUAUAUCAGCUCUCUUUGUUCUUAUUUCUUCCGUGGACCUCGCGGAUCUUUUAUUGAGACAAAUGUGAUCGAUCUGGUUUUUCGUGGUGUGGUCCAGUGAGACCGUGUUAGCUUCAGGUACACAUCUGUGGUGGAAAAUGACACCGCCUAUGACUAUGCUGAAGGCAUGCAGAUCUAUCGGUCUCUUGUCAUAUUCGUUCCUUCCUCCUAGUCCAUUUCGUUUCAUAAUGCGUUCGUAUCUGGUGUUGUUCACUCCGACCUUGGUAUUUGGGUCCCUCAUCAGGAUGGUCAGGUGUUUCCCUGAUUCUUUCCCUACGAUGGACUGCAGCCUCUCAUGAAAAUGGUGUUUAUCAUGUUCACUGCUAUAAUUGGUGGGUACAUAGCACAGGAUCACAUUCGUCGUAAUCCUUCCCUUCUUUGUUUUGGAAGGUGCUUUGAUGGUCUCGAAACUCUGAGUCUCCCAUCCUAGAUUUGUUCAUUCUAUUCUUCUCUUGACAGGAUUAGUACAAUUCCUUGUGUUUGUGUGUGUGGGAGGGCACUUUCUUUAUGACUAGACUUCGGUGACAGUUUUCUCAAGUUAGUGUUUUUUUUCCAGAUUGAGUGCAAUAAGUUACUCCUAUUCUAAUCCCGGUCAGUUUGUAUUUGUGCAUUUCUGUAUCUUUUCGAUUUCUACCAUUGGUCUCCCAUAUUGUUCGGAUAUCCGGGGUACCCAUAUUUACCGUUUUCCUGUUUGUUGGAGGGAGUAUGAACUUCAUGACUUCUGAAGAAUCGUGGCUUUCACCGUGAGACUUUAUAACUAAUGUAUAUAAAGACUUAUAAUGUGAGGCUAGAGUUGGGAUGAGUUUUUCUAGUCAAUGUUUAUAUAGUGGUGUUGUUUCUUAAGUGAUGGAGCUUGUGACAACCGACAGUAGCCCGGGAAUGUUUCUAAUCUGAGUACAGGACAUACUUCUACGUAAUCGAGUUUGCGUUUUCUUUACAACUCUUUGUUUACGUCAUGCUAAAUUGUGUGGUAAUCGGUACUAAUGCCUAUAUAUACCUUGCUUGAACUCUUACUUAAACUAAUUAGCUGGCAAGUGCAAUCAUAUCACUUAAAAUCAAUACGAUAAUUAGCGUAAUAUACAAAUUCAUUGCUCUGUUACUAUUUCUGCAACUAUUCAUAGAAGUUAAGCGCAUAAAGGUACGUGCAAUAUCUUCCACAUUAUUACUAUCUACAACACAAUCGCGAAUGUUUUCACUUAUUCAGUUGAAAAAGCAAAUCAGUUUAUUCUCUUUUCUAUAUUUUCUCUACUUUUAGCAACACUUACUCAUUUUGUGUUUGUUCGUAGAUUUUAUUGUUGGAUUGAAAAUAUGUUGUCAAGCAUAAAUCGAUGAGUUCUACUAGAACGUUCACUCAUGUUAGAAACUUGUACAUAAGUGUUGAUAUUGCUUUUCUCAAUAACUAAUUAGUCAUUUCCAAAUUGGAACGUCGUUCCAGUGGUUAAAAUAUCCUAUUUUGAUCCAAUAAAUUGUGGGCUUUGAAAGCUACAACUACUUCGGUCUGACCUAAUCAGCAUUCAAUUUCUAACCAAUAGGGGGAAGUUUGCCAACCUGUUCCGCCUACUUUGGUUUAAGCAUUUAGGUGGUAUCACCAGUUCUUACCCAGACACUGCUUUGAAACCACACACUCAGCGAACAAGUUACUUCGAUUUGAUCAGGAUGCACCCAAAACUUUUAUUUGUACUUGGUUGGUAAGUUACAUUAAGUUUCCUUCCAAAGUUGCCUAUUGUUGCUUGUAUCUAUUAUGUAGAAUAACUUACUAUUGUUUUUCGGUUUCAGCAUUAAGAUAUGCCACUUCCUAAACAUACAGUUCAACCGGUCAAACUCAGUCAGGUAGUUGUCCCGAAUGGCAUCGACAAUGAGUUGGAAUUUGUGGUUAAUUCCACGGUCUGCAAUGUCAUGAGACAGAUAGCAUCAGUUAGCCGAUUGGCCAACACCAUGUUCGAAGAACUCACUACCGAUUUUUCUCGACUAGUUGAGCGGACUGUUCGUCUGCAAAAUCGUCUGGGAAAACUUCAUGAAGAUAUGCAAACGGCGCGCAGCGGUGACGAAGACCUUACUGCCGGAGUACAAGAAGUUGAGAUUCCGGUGUUCUCUAGCAAAAAGCCAACCGAUAGCCAGGUAUUAAAUCAAAAUACCAUACCUCCUUCUAUGCGGUCACAAUAUGAUCAAGCAGAAGCAGCUCCAGCACUUCAACAAAUGGAUGAACUCCGAGAUGAUAAGAAAACUAGCAUGAGGUUGUAUUCAGAUCCCAGCUUUUUCUUUGAUUUAUGGAGUCAGGAAAUGUUACAAGAUCGCAAACAUAAAAGAGCCGCCAAGAAAAAAAGACCGAAAGGAAAGGGAAAAGCUGCUCCACUUAAAAGUGGAUCUAAUCAGGGAGCUCAGAAACCUCAACUUAUCAUUCAGCAACCAGGAGUUGGCGGCCAUAAACUUCCUCCACCGUUAUUCGAGCAAAAUGGUUCUGUUAAUGCCGGUUCUCAUAUGGAUAGAAAUGUCAAUAUUGUCAACUGUAAACCUACCCAGCAUCAGUUUCUGAAUAAUGGGGAUUUCGGAAAUCCUUCAUUACCACCUCCGCCACCUCCACCGAAUACUCUUCAUUCGUCAAUGCAAGUUGAUAAUGCAAAGGAUUUUCGACAUGCAUCUAAUCAAAAGAGUGGUUAUUGCCCAAUUAAACCUGACAUUGAUGGUAUCAAUCAGUUUCCUUCAGUUACCAACAACAUUUGUAGCAACCAUGACCCUUCACCAGCCCAUCAGAUGACUCUUCCUGACCCUCCCGCACUCCAUACACAGAUGGCAUCUCUUAUUUUACCACCACCACUUCCUCCAGCGUUUUUGAGCGACGGAGAGUCAAAAGUCCCAGACAUGAGCGAAAAUUCACAUCCGAAUGAUGAAGCUGCUAGCAGAGACCCCUCUAGAAAAGAUGAAGAUGGUAGGAUAUCAUCACCCACACAAAUGCAUGAUGGUAAAGAAAAACAGUCUCAGUAUAUUAAUUCUGUAGGUAUGGAAUCGUCAUCAUCGGCACUACAUAAUCUUCCUCCACCUCCUCCCGCGCCGAUUUUCGAGGCGAAAAACUUCAGUGAGCCUUGUAAACCCAGCAAACAGCUUAGCGAGUCGGAUACUUGUGGUCAUAAGUCCACUUCUUCGACCCUCCCCCCUCCAGUGACACCUUUUGUUGUUUCGUCACCUCAAACAUCUAUUUUAUGCUCAUCUACACAACCUCCACCACCCCCACCUCCACCUCCCUUCAUACCAACCCAGAAAGUUGGGUCUGAAAGCCCGAGCAAUCAAGCAACUUUAUCAACUAAGAACACUAUCUCACGAUGCAAUGUACCUCAGUGUCCUCCUGCAGAUUUGCUUUCUGCUAUACGCGCUGGCUGUCAGUUACGCAAAGUAGGUGAACGGAAUCUUCCCGAUCAAUCGAAAUUUAGCCGUGCAAAUAGUUUAUCGACUCUGGUGAACAAACCUAAGGAUGUUCAAGCGAUUUAUGAAGCUGUUAGGCGUCGUCGGGAAUGUAUGGAAAAUUCCUCGGAAGAUGACGAUGACGACAAAGAUGCAGAUAGUAAUUCUUCCGGUUGGGAGGACUAG